GAUUAAAUUGUUCUAAAUUUACCGCUUAUGGAAAUUACCUCCACAAAGAAAAUAUUUUAUGUCAUAUAAUCACUUUUGGUAUAGAUAUGUAGUUAAUGACUACCAGAUGAGUCUGGUUUUAUAUUCGUUUAAGAUAAAAUUAUGAACGAGACAUAAUGCUAUUUUAUAGGGAGAAAAAAACAAUUUCAUCGAUCCUGUCAAUUUUCAUAUUAUUAUGUUUGGUAUUUUGAAUGUAGCAUAAUGAAAAAACUUUACCAUCAACUUCGAGAUCAUUUUAAUGACUCAUGGUUGAAUUAGCAUCAUGUUUGCAAGAGCGUAGGAUGGUGGCCUGGUACAUAAAGAGAACAACACUGCACCCACUCGGAGACCCAAUCAUAGGAUAUGGUCAUGUUAAAUUUGGUUAUUUUGUCUACAACUCUUCAUGCUAGAUCUAUAUGUGGUAUAAUUAUAAGAGAGGGUUAUCAACUCGUAAAGAUUUUCAAGGUCGAUAUGGAAGGUGAAACCAUUAAAAGAAUUGAGAUGCUGUGAGACUGUGAGUUUUGCACGGUCUCGAGGUGGUAGGGUGUUGAGGUUCAAAGCAAUAGCUCUAUAGAUAGACUUUGGUGACUCUCUCCUUGAUCAACAUUCUGAUUAUUCAAAUCUAAACUACACAUAUGUUACAUUGCUUUGUAAUUUGCUAUGUUAUAACUAAAAUGUUUGUCUUGUUCAUAUAAUUCCAGAGAUAUGUUAAAGAUUUUUUACCCAUCAAAUUACAAGACUUUCUUAGGUGCACAUAUUAUUCAGUUUAUAAACUCCAGCUUUAACUAAUUGAAUUAUGUAUUUGCAGUAUUACAUUAUUGCCACUCCAAAUCUGGAUUGAUUUAUAAUACAUAUUUAGAGCGCUAUUUUACAACCUAUUUCUACAAAAAAAAACCAAACCUUCUCCCCUUCCCUCUCUUCCUCACAUCUACUUCCCCUCUUCUCUCUCUCCCUCUCUCUGUCUGGUAAAUACCAAAUCGCAAUUCCAUUUUAAUUCAUAUAAAUACAAAUCCCAAUUGAAAUCCAGAACACUGUCAGUAAAUUUAUAACAAAGAAGAGAGAAAGGGAAGAAGGAAGGGAAAAAAGGGGAAGAAAGAAAAGAGAAAGAGAACCAAAAAGGGGAGAGAGCCUUAGCUGCUCACACCCUCUUCUUAUUCUUUUGUUGUUGUUGUUGUGAGGCCUUCAGAUCUUGAGAUUCUCUCUCAACUCUCCCCCUCAUCUGGGUUCUCUUUCUCUUUGAUCAAUCAACCUGUUCUUUUCUUUGUUCUUCUGGGUUCUUCUUCCCCACACAGGAAGAAAGGGGAAACAUUAAGGAAAAGAGGAGAGAAAAAACUGAAAAGCCUGCUCCUUUUUGGGUAAUUGCUAUCUGCGUUUUUGGAUCUUAUUAGUUAUUACACAUUUCUUCGUCGAAGCUUUUGUCUUCCCUUCAUUUGGAUUACUGGGUGGCGAUCGGUUUCCUUUUGGCCUCAUCAUACUUUUCGAUUAAUCAGUUAAGAGUUCGUAAAGCCUUUCUGGAUUGAAUCCAAGAGUACCCACUUGAGAUAGAGAGACAUCCCUGUAUAUAAACAUCUGAGUGAGCUUUUUUUUCUGCUUGACAUCUGCGGCAAGGUAUUAUUCAUUUCUAGCAGCAUUUUGAUGUUUCUUCGUAGGUGGAUUGCUGGGGAUUUUUGGAUUGUUCAUGGUUAUAUAGAAUUGUGUGUUUUGGUUAACAGAUCCAGCUGUUUGAUUAUCAUCAGAAUUGCUGAAUUGAGAAACGAUUGGUUUUUGCAGGAUUUGGAAAUGGAUCUCGGAAAGCUGUUCAUUGGUGGGAUUUCAUGGGACACCAAUGAAGACCGUCUGAGAGAGUAUUUCCAGGUAUUUGGGGACGUUUUGGAAGCUGUGAUUAUGAAGGAUCGGUCCACCGGUAGAGCCCGUGGCUUCGGCUUUGUUGUCUUUGCUGACCCUGCUGUUGCUGAACGAGUUGUGAUGCAGAAGCACCUCAUAGAUGGUCGAAAUGUUGAGGCGAAGAAAGCUGUGCCUAGGGAUGAUCAGAACAUUCUGAACCGAACCAGCAACAACAGCAGCCUUCAUGGAUCGCCUGGUCCAGCUCGGACCAAGAAAAUAUUCGUAGGAGGUUUAGCAUCGACAGUGACAGAGACUGACUUCAAGAAUUACUUUGAUCAGUUUGGAACAAUCACUGAUGUUGUUGUCAUGUACGACCACAACACUCAAAGGCCAAGAGGUUUUGGGUUCAUCACCUUCGACUCAGAAGAAGCUGUGGAUAAAGUGCUGUACAAGACAUUCCAUGAACUCAAUGGCAAAAUGGUUGAGGUGAAACGGGCAGUUCCAAAGGAACUAUCCACAUCUGGUCCGACCAGGUCAAACCAGUUUGCUGGAUAUAACUACGGAAUUACCAGAGUCAAUAGCUUCCUCAAUAGCUACUCUCCUCAGGCACACAAUCCAACUUCUCUUAGAAUGGAUGGUAGGUUCAUGCCGGUCACUGCAAGUCGAAGCAGCUUUUCUCCAUUCAAUAGCGGGUAUGGAUCAGGUCUAAAUUUCGAGCAAGGUCUGAGUCCAAGUUACGGUGGCAACUCAAACCUUGGGUCAAACAUUGGGUUCGGCCGGUUGAGUCCUUCAUACAGUGGCAAUUCGAACAGGUACUGGAGCCCCAUUGGCUAUGGAGGUGGAAAUAAUUCGGGCUUGAAUCCUGUUUCUCGUACUUUGUGGAGCAAUGAUAGCAUUUCUCAAAAUGCAAACUCAAACGGUAGUGGCUGGAACUCGGGACUCAGUUCCUUUUCUGGAGCUCUUUGGGAUUCCUCAGUGAAUGCAGGGCCCGGUGGCGGUUUGGGCCCCGCGUAUAACAAUGUUGGUGGAGGAGAGUUUAGUAUUGGACCAGGAGGAGGAUAUGGGAGAAACAGUGGGGCCGGUUUUGCACCUGUGGCAUCGCGUGCUGCUGCUGCAAAUGGAGGUUAUGAUAGGACGGCUUAUGCUGACAUUUAUGAUAAUAGUUCGCUCUAUGGAGAUUCUUCCUGGAGAUCCUCAACUUCCGAGUUGUUUGAUUCCGGAAUUGGAAAUGCAGCUUCGGAUGUUAUUACCAAGAAUACUGCAGCUUAUGCUGGUGGUUAUGGCAUUGCUGAUAGACAGUCAGAUAGAGGAAUUGCUGCUUAGGAUGAAAACAAAGAUUGCUACUGUUGGUGAAAGAGUACAUCAUCAACAUUUGAAGUAAAUGUGGUACAUUACAUGUUUCUUGGACCUGAAGUUUACUUUCUUACCUUUUUUCCCUUACCCCCCUUUGAUGUUUAUGUGAGGAGGAACUUGAGAUUAGUGCUAAUCAAUUUAUCGACGAUAUGGUUAGAGAGCAGAGCAGGAGAGAACAAUUCAGUCAGGAGGAAUUUCUUGUGUAAGGUUUGAGCUUUGAGGAGGAGUUUUUUUUCUUUCUUCUUUUCUUGUUUUGUUAUCGUCUUCUUUUACUAUAUAUAGUGGUUUUAAUUUCCUUUUCUCCUUCCCAACUUGGGAAUAUCUGGAACUUUUAAGAUGUAAAAUCAGGAGUUUGUGGGUAUACAUCAGAGAUACUGUAUCAGUGUUGACAGAGAUACAGAAGGCCACCCAAAAAAAAAAAAAAAAAAAGAUGAAGAACAGUGUUUUGUUUGGGUGUUUUUUCCCCCCAUUUUUUACUCUUUUAAUUAUUUUCUUUGGGUAUUGGGUUCUUCAAGUUCUUCAUGUGGCCGCAGAAAAACUGUUUAGUCCUUGUCAAGUGCGGAUUUGGAUUCUUAAUUAGGGUUUGUACAAGUUGAUUGGUUUUCACUAGUUAAGAGGGAUAGUUACUACUCUCCAUUCCCUCUUCUGGAAAUAAUAAUUUUUACAGAAUACUGAUUUAUGUCCAUCUCUCCAUUAUUUUUUGUUGGGGAUAAUAUUUACUAAUUAAGCAUUUUCUUUCGAGUUCGAAUUCAAAGCAUGGUGCAUGAAACCAUACCGACGGUUCAACCACGAAAUACUAGUAUCGGAGGCUAAAACGGUUGGCGAUAUUAACGGUACUAACGGUUGAAUUAUGGUUAAACCACGGUUUUUUUGCCCGAGUAAUAUCAGAAAGAAAGUUAGAACAAACACUACCCAAACGCCCUCCCCAUCCCGCUAACAAACCAACCUACAAAGUCAAAGGAAGCUAACUCUAGCCGAGACAGCAACAGGGCUUUACGCGCCACUCUAUGGGCAGCCCAGUUGGCAGUCCGCGGAACCGCCCUAAAAUCUAUACAAAGAGACAAAGAUCCAAGGAUACUCCUACAAUCUCUAAGAAUGGGGCCACCCACGGAAUCCUCCACUGCACCAAGGCUAAGCUGAAGGAUGACCACAGCCGCAUCUCCCUCAAUGAUGACACGAGGCAGAAUUCUAGAAGCUGCAAGAGAGAUCGCAUCCCUUGCCAUAAAAUAUCCUACUGCUGACUUUCCUGGUACGGUCUCCGAUAUGGUUUCAUGGACCAUGAUUCAAAGUGGGAUGGAUGUAUUUUGAUUUUAAUGAUUCGGUGUAGCCUACCUAAUAAAAGUUUAGAAUCUUUAUUGUCAAGGAAAUAAAAGGUGAGAAGGGAUGGUACUUUGGAAGCCCUACCUAAUAAAUGUUUAGAAACUAUUUUUGUUAAGGAAAUCUUAUUGUAGUACUUUAGCCUCAACAUAAGAGUGGUUUGUAAGUUUUGAUUCUAGAAAAUGUGUAUAUUUGACAAGGUUAGUUCUAGGAAUUGUUUGAUUUUAGAAUUGAAGAAAUGAUGUACACUUAAGAAAGGCUACGCAUAAUUAGCUUAUAAUUUUCCUUUGUACGAGAUUUUAAUAAAGACCUACUACUCAACCAAACUUCGAUCUAUACUUCUUGACACCACCCUAGUUAUUUUUAUCCCCUACUCAAUAACUACUUAGAAAAUGAACAUUUCUACUAUUUAUUGGGGUGAAGCGGCAGAUUCAGAUUAAUAAUCUAUACAAAAAACUUGAUAUCGAUAAAUAAACGGACUAUUGUGUUAGUUACUCCAAUUAUUAUUAACAAAUUCGUUAAGAGUCAAACCCACUAAUUUGAUUGCUAAUGACCCUAGAAUUUUAGAGAUUAUUUUUAUAACAAUUGACCCAAGAAUAACAAAAACACGGAUGCAUU